AUGGACUGUGCAAGUUGUGCAGUACUCCUUCUAUUGACAUGGCUAACCAUCCAUGCUCUUCGUUCAAUCCUUGCAAGAACCAAAAAACCAAACUACAGGCUUCCACCAGGACCAUCCUGUUAUCCCAUCAUUGGAAACCUCCUUGAAAUGGGAGAAAAGCCCCACAAGUCAUUGGCUAACCUUGCUAAAACUCAUGGUCCUAUAAUGAUUCUAAAACUGGGACAAAUAACCACUGUUGUUGUCUCUUCAAAAGAAAUGGCCAAAGAGGUGCUCUUAACCAAUGACCCGUUUUUGUCUAACCGAACCAUUACCCAAACAGUUUCAGUUCUCAACCACGAGCACUAUAGCCUUGCCUUCAUACCCGUUUCACCUCUUUGGAAGGAACUCAGAAAAAUAUGCAACACCCAACUAUUUGCCCACAAAACUCUUGAUGCUAGCCAACACAUUAGGCGUAAAGUAGUGCAACAACUAGUGACAGAUAUCCACCAAAGUAGCCAAAUUGGUGAAGCAGUGGAUAUCGGAACGGCGGCGUUCAAAACUACCAUAAAUCUAUUAUCAAACACCAUUUUCUCCGUGGAUUUGGUUACGUCCACAGGCAAAGCUGGUGAAUUCAAGGAUAUAGUGACCAAUAUCAAUAAGCUGGUUGGAACACCAAACUUGGCAGAUUUUUUCCCCGUCUUAAAGAUGGUUGACCCACAAGGCGUGAGGAGACAACAAACUAAGAACGUUAGGAAGGUGUUAGACAUCUUUGACCGCUUGGUUAAGCAACGGUUGAGGCAAAGAGAAGGCACAGAUUCAGACACCAACAAAGACAUGUUAGAUGCUUUGCUUAACAUUUCAAAGGAGAACGAGCACAUGGACGAAAAUAUGAUUGAACAUCUCUCACAUGAUAUAUUUAUUGGGGGAACAGACACAACAGCAUCCACCUUAGAAUGGGCAAUGACUGAGCUACUUCGCAACCCAGAAGUAAUGCUGAAAGCCAAAAGAGAGUUACAACAAACUAUUGGAAGUGGCAUCCCGAUUGAGGAGUCUGAUAUUUCUAAGCUGCCAUAUUUACAAGCAAUAAUAAAAGAGACAUUGCGGUUGCACCCGCCAGUUCCAUUCCUACUCCCACGAAAAGCUGAUAGGGACGUGGAAAUACGUGGUUACACUAUCCCAAAAGAUGCACAAGUGCUAGUCAAUGUGUGGACUAUUUGCAGGGAUCCAACGUUAUGGGAGAAUCCAACUUUGUUUUCGCCAGAAAGGUUCGUAGGAUCUGAUAUUGAUGUCAAAGGACAAAAUUUCGAGCUUGCACCGUUUGGUUCUGGGCGGCGAAUUUGCCCUGGCAUGCUAUUGGGUAAUAGGAUGUUACUCUUAAUGUUGGGUUCACUUGUCAACUCCUUUGAUUGGAAGCUUCAAGAUGACAGUGAAGAAAAGGAUAUGGACAUGGAUGAUAAAUUUGGAAUUACCUUACAAAAAGCUCAGCCUCUUCGAAUUGUUCCUGUCAAAAUACGUAAUUAG